AAUUUUUAGCUUUCAUCGCUUUACUGAACACUGUUUGCUUGUUAUUUGUUAGUACGCGCGUCCCCAGUCAGUGAACUGUUCGAUUCAAUGAUAAUGUUGUACAUAGUAUUACAAUACAAAUACAAAUACAAUAAAUAAACUCGCAUGGUUAACUCGCGGUUUCGUUGAAUCACAACGAGCACAGUUGGGAUGUUACGGAAUAGUGUGAUAGUGACGAGUAGAAUAAAUUCUUCGGUGACUUACGUUGAUAUUUUUUUCCUAGUUUCAAGUACCGACAGUAUUAUUGUGAUGGAAACUGUUCAAUUCAGCUGCUUCAACCGCUAUGUUAGAAGCGGGCUAGGAUCGGCGCGCUCGUGAUCAUCAGAAUGCAAGACGACUACCUGGAGUGUUCGCGGAGCUCGGAUCGGCGGCGGCCAACGAAAGUGCUGACCAUCGCGGAGAGUUUCACGAACUUGGAUGAGACGGCGAAGGCCGGGCGGUUCGUGCGGGGCCCGAACUCGCGGCUCGGGCGGCGCUUCCAGGAUAGUGGUCGCGGGAAACGGUGUUGUGAUGAUAGUGCGGAGUCCAGUGUGAGUGAUGGUGAGAAGGUUGGCGACCGCCGCGUCACGGGCUCGUCCUGCACGGCGCUGCGGACCGCCGUGGCGGCCCUCUACCCCUUCGACGACUUCAUCCUAGAGAAGAUCGGCAGCGGCUUCUUCUCUGAAGUGUUUAAGGUGACGCACAAGACGUCGAACAAGGUGAUGGUGCUGAAGAUGAACCAGCAGCGCGCCAACCGCCCCAACAUGCUGCGGGAGGUGCAGCUCAUGAACAAGCUCAAACAUCCCAACAUCCUAGGGUUUAUGGGUGUGUGCGUGCACGAGGGCCAGCUGCACGCGCUCACGGAGUACAUGUCGGGCGGGUCGCUGGAGCAGCUGCUGCUGUCGCCGGCGCCGCUGCCGCAGCCGCUGCGGGUGUCGCUCGCCGCCGACAUGGCCGAGGGCAUGAAGUACCUGCACGCGCUGGGCGUGUUCCACAGGGACCUCACCGCCAAGAAUGUAUUAUUAAAGAAGAACGGCGAGGACGACUACACGGCCGUCGUCGCGGACUUCGGGUUAGCCGCCAAAAUACCCAACCAAGACACCGGUUACCGGCUGCCGAGCGUGGGGUCGCCGUGGUGGAUGUCGCCGGAGUGUCUCCGCGGCAAGUUCUACGACCACCGCUCCGACAUCUUCUCCUACGGCAUCAUCCUGUGCCAGCUCAUCGCCAGGGUGGACGCGGACCCGGACGUGCUGCCGCGCACCGACAACUUCGGCCUCAACUACAUGGCGUUCGUGGAGCUGUGCGGCGCCGACACCGUGCCCGACCUGCUGCGCCUCGCCUUCCACUGCUGCAUCUACGACCCCGCGGCGCGGCCGCUGUUCCCCGAGAUCGUGAGCAAGCUGGGCGAGGUGCGCGCCGGCCUCGAUGACGCCGUCGCCACCCCCAACACCUCCCUCGACGGCGAGGAGGCGGACUCCUCCGGGCCGCGCUCCUGCCCCGGCGCGCUCGCCUGGCGCCGCCCCGCGCCCCCUCACCGCCGCUCCCUGUCCGAGCUCGAGUGGGCCGAGCGCGCCGGCGCCCCGCCCCCGCACCGCUCCGCCUGCGCGCUCGCCCCGCCCCCCGGCCCCGCGCCGCCCCGCCUCCAGCGCCUGCUGCGCCUCGCGCACAUCAUGCUGCUGCGCGACAGCAGCGCCGCGCCCCGCCCCGCGCGCCGCGCGCUCCACACCUUCCGCGGCGUGCACAAGAUCCUCGAGGGCGAGCCGGCGCGGCGCGACGACGACGAGCCGCGGGCCGCCUCGCUGCCACCCUCCCCACCGCCUGCGCGCCGCGACGAGCGCCGCCGCGGCUCCUGCGAGUCCGGUGUGUUCAGCGUCGCCGCCGAGGAGCUCGCGCCCGCCGCGGCCGCCUGCCCCUGCGCGCUGCUCGGCUGCCACCGCUGCUGGUGGUGGCGGCGUGAGCGCCCGCGGCCGCGGCUCUGCGCCGACUGCCUGGCCGCGUACGAGGGCGCGCUGCGCAGCGAAGACGUCGCGUCGCUGGGCUCCGACAGCCUGUUCGACGACCGCGCGCCGCGCGCCCGCUCCGCGCAGAUCGCGCGCAUCGUCGAGUACUUCGAGCGGCAGGGCGGCGAGCUGAGCGCCGGCGAGCUGGCGGGCCAGCUGCUGGCGCUGGGCGGGGCCGGCGCGGGGGGCGGCGGGGGAGGCGGAGGGCGGCGCCUGCUGGUGUGCGAGGGGGCGGUCAAGUCGAAGCUACCGCUGUUCGACAAGAAGUCGUAGCGGCGGGGCGAGCCCGAGCGCCGCUGCUCCAUGUACCGGUGAGGGCGCGCGGGCCGGCCCGGGGAAGCCACCCCCGAACCGUGAUGUCCGAGACUGUGCGUGCGUGAGUGCGUGAGUGCGUAGUGGGACGAGUGCGGUAGUCGCACCUCGAGUGACACACGUCACGUCACCCGCCUACAUGAACGACGGACGCGGACUCUAAACUACCCCGCAUGUGAUCGGAAUGUAUAGGACUGUAAUUUUAUUGUUAUUUAUGUCGACAUUGGGGUCGAAUAUGCGCGAGCUUAUACGCCCCGCAUGUCGCACCGAGUUUUAAGUUUAAUCAAACUUCAUUGAAAUUUUGUAGUAAAAUUUCAACGGAAAUAGCCUUCACAAGGAACAAUAAUAUAUUUUGUGGCGUCGAGUCGAGUCGCCUGGACUGUGGACUUGUACUUUAGAGGUACGCGCAUAUUAUGACGAACCGCAGUGUAGAGAAUAUGAGGCCCGACAUAACAUGUGCGCACCUUAACACUUAGAUUUUGUGUAAAUAACGGUUAGGUAUAGGUUAAAGUUUUUUUUUUAAUAUUUAUAAUUUAUAUACAGUAUUAGAACCCACUUGCCAGUUAAUAGGUUUGUAAAUAUCAGGGCUCGGAACCGGUUUGAAAAUACCGGUUUAUUUCGGUUAAAAACCGGUAAAUAUAUCGUUCUUUUAUUUACCGUUUAAACAAGCGAACGGUUUUUACGUAACCAAAAUGAUUUAGGUUACCGGUUACUAACACACAAACGAUUUUGAAAACCCAAAUUAACCGGUUAAUUCUUCGAUCGCGCUUCUUGGAAAUCUAU